GGAAUCAGGGCUGCACGAAGCAACGCCCCCACAAUCGCCAUCACUGCGCAUUACGACACCUUUGCUGCAGCACCAGGGCUUGCAGUGGGCAGCUCAGACAAUGGCAGUGGUGCCCUGGUGCUGCUGGCGCUUGCAAGGAUGUUCGGAACUUUGUAUGCUGCCCCAGAGUCGGUGCCCAACCCCAACAUCCUCUUCCUCUUGACUGGUGCGGGCGAGUUGGACUACAUGGGCCUCAAGCACUGGUUGAAGACGGCUGACAACCGUGUGCUAGACUCCCUGGAGUUUGUGAUAUGCCUCGAUACCCUCUCGGAUUGGGCAAACCCUGGAGCCAAUGAGCUGUAUCUGCACUACUCCAAGCCCCCCAAAGACCCCACAGUGCAGAAGUGGUACGACAGGGUUGAGCAGGCAGCAAGGAAGGAGGGCGUCAAACUCACGCAGCUCCACAAGAAAGUGAACCUGGCCUCGCCACAGGCCGCCUGGGGGCAUGAGCACUUCGCCCAACAGAAGCUGCUUGCAGCAACCCUGUCAGCAGUGCAGUGGUCCCGUAAGCCCUAUGGGGCGUCCAGCAUUUUGGACAGGCCGGGCUCCCUUAACCUCACUUUCCUGGCCCAGACAGCCAGAGUAGUUGGGGAGGCCAUCUCGAUGCGAUUGUUCGAAGACCAGGGGCAAGACCUGCACUUGUUCAAGCCUGGCGGAGCCCUGGACGCCAGCAUGCCAUUCAUGGCCCAGUGGGCCAGCCUGUUUGGCCGCACGCCAAGGAUGCCGCCGUACUUUGGGCGGGACAGUCCCUUGGAGGGUGCGAUGAUGGGCGUGUUGAAAGAGCACACGACCAAGGCGUCGAAGCUGGCGUUUCCGUUGGACAAGUCGUACGUAUUUUAUGGCGGCGAUCAGGCGCAGCUGAGCGUGUUCAAGACUGCAGGCGCGGUCUUCGACUUGGCCCUAUUUGGGCUUGUGCUGACUUACUUGGCGGCGCUGUUCGUUUCCAUCAGAGUUUUGACACAGGGAUGGAAAUCUUUUGCCGACAUCUUCGUGGCGCCCCCCAAGAAGGGGAAGAAGGGUCGCUAA